CACAGUCGCCCGAGACACGAUAAAAACAGCGCUCAGUCCGUAUCCAUCCCUCUCCCUCUCUUCUUCCUCACUGCUACUGUACUUCUCCAGAAGGUGGUACAGUUGCUCGGAGUCUGUUGUGAUACCAACUUGUGCCUCUGUGAAGCUGCGCAAAGAGCUGGCAUCGCGAGCACUCGAGAGGGCCUUGUACACCAGUGACCUGAGAGAACGGAUUGCAUCAAAGUCAGCCGCCAGAGUCGGCUGGUUCCAUUCUGACGGGCAGUCCAUCCAGCCACUCUUGAACACACUACCUCCAGGGAAGUCAUGGUGGAGCACCACCUCUUCUGCGAGGUGCGGCAGAACAGGGGCCACUGACUUCACCAGUCCCAAAAGGAGAUGGUGGAUUGCUGACAGCGUUCCAAGUCUCACUCGUCCCCUGGCCGGGUCACAGUACAAACUGUCCUUCACUAUGUUGCAGUAGAAAGCCGAGAGGUCGAGUGGUACGAGGGUCACUAGGAGCAGAGAUAGACGGGAGAAAUUUAGAGAUUCGUAGGCUCCAGUCGCCUCCUGGCAGUAGUUGGAUAGAAUGUGGAGCAUGUAUUGGUCAAGAGCGGACAUUGCAUUGUGUGGCACCAGGUCUAGUGUGGGGUUAAAGUCAGAUAGGUUCCCCAACAUGAAGCGAAACAGGUUCCGCAAUCGCUGGACGAAAUCGCUCGAUUGUUGGAGUAUCUCGUCGCUGACAGAGACGUGAGAGGUGAAAGAGCUCGAGGCAACCCACCAACGCAUCGCUUCGACUCCAAACUUUUUCCCGUCGAUGAUGUCACUCGGACUCACCACGUUUCCAAUAGACUUUGACAUUUUGGCUCCGGAACCGUCUAGAACAAAACCAUGAGUCACAAGACGGCGGUAGGGGGCCUGGUUCUGUAUGGCCACUGAAGUGAGGAGGGAAGAUUGGAACCAGCCGCGGUGCUGGUCAACUCCUUCCAGGUACAUGUCUGCAACCCGGCCGCAUUGUCCCGAGUCAGUUCCGGAAUCAGACAGAACGGCUGCCCACGAGGACCCGCUGUCAAACCAGACAUCCAUCGUGUCCUCCCCGCGACGCCAGUCCUCCGUCUGACCCGAAAACGAGGGGGGCAAAAGUUUAUCGAGGGGUAGUUCCCACCAGCAAUUUGAACCCUUGGCUCGUAUCAUUUCCCUCGCGUGUACCACAGUCUCUUCUGUCAGGAGUGGUUCGUCGGUAGUGACGUGAUAGAAAAUUGGGAGGGGCACCCCCCAGACUCUCUGUCUUGAUAUGCACCAGUCACCGCGUGUGUCCAGCAUCUUUGGUAGCUGGUUUCCACUGGAUCGGGGGUGUACCGUAACUCCACGUAGUGCUGCCUUUGCCUCUUCUUUGAGUUGUUUAACACUAGCAAACCACUGCUUUGUCGAGCGAAUAAUGACCGGUUUCUUAGUCCGCCAGUCGUACGGGUAUCUGUGGGUGUAGCUCUCCCGUUUGAGAAGCACUUUGCUGGAUCGGAGCCCCUCAAUUACAGCUUCGUUACCCUCACUCAAUACUCGAAGGCCUACCAGAUGAGAGGGGGCUUCUGCAGUAUAGCAACCGUUACCGUCUACAACACACGUCAUAUCAAGCCCCGCUUCCACCCCAAUUUCGUGAUCCUCGAACCCGUGGGUAGGGGCAGUGUGAACUAGCCCUGUACCUUCUUCUUCAUCCACGUGCUCUCCAUGCACAAACCUCAUCUGCUGUCUCUGGGGAGAAAUUGGGUGUGCAUAGGUGAGGUUGGCCAGUUGGGAUCCACUGAGGGUGGAAACAACUUCAAACUCUCCCAGAAUUGGAGCCAGUCUGUUUACGUUCUUCUCUCCUAGUAACACUAGUCGGUCCCGCCCGUCGGUGUGCCUCAUUCUCACCACGCAGUAGGAGUGAUUGGAGUGGUAGGAGACGGCCUGGUUGGCCACCAGUGUCCACGGCGUGGUGGUCCACACCAGCGCCCAGAGAGUUUGAUUUCUGUCAGCUUCGGGCAAUAGGGAGCUGAUUUCGGACGUGAGGGGAAACAGAAUGUACACGGCCUGACUCACGUGGUCGCGAUACUCGAGCUCAGCCUCGGCGAGAGCUGUACGAGAAGAAGGGGACCAGUAGACAGGCUUGUAGCCGCGAUAAAUACACCCUCUCUUGUACAUCUGAUGGAACACGUCUAUCUGUGCAGCUUCGUAUUCUGGGUCCAUGGUCAGGUAGGGAUUGUUCCAAUCCGCCAGGCAGCCCCACCUCUGGAAGGCUUCUUUCUGGAGAGCGACCGUCUUGCGGGCGUAUUUCUCGGCCUUCGCGCGGAUCUCCAGCGGGGAUUGCAGGUCAUCGCUCCGACAGGCUUUCAGUUCUAUGGGAAGACCGUGGCAGUCCCAGCCGGGCCUGAAAGCUAGUUUAUAGCCGCGCAUGAGUUUGUAGCGGUUGAUGACGUCCUUCAGUACUCGGUUGAGGACAUGGCCCAUGUGGGGAGCGCCGUUGGCGUACGGAGGGCCGUCGUGAAGGGUAAAGAUCUUGUCAUUUCCCCGCUGCUGUCGCUCCUGCCAGCCGUAAAGAUCGUCGAAUUUGGCCGCCUUUUGGAUGGCAGGCUCGUGGGUGACGGGGUUGGUCCUCACCGGGAACCUCGUCUUUGGGACCAGCACCCGAUACUGAGCAGGCAUCUUCCCUCUUUUCUGCGUGUGUCUUCACCGCGUUGCUACACGACACGUGGGUACCGGACAAUUAGAGAGAAACUUUGAAAUGCGAUAAAGUUUCGUUGAUCAUCGUAAACAAUCAGCCUAGGGAACCGAGAAAGAAAUGGGUAGGAAGUUUCUAGACCAUCCAGGAGGCAGUAGGAUCUACUCUUGUGCCAAUUGCGACACUCCUCUCACUAAUCGCGGAGAACUCGUGUCCACGAGAUUCACAGGAGCGACGGGAAGGGCGUUUCUUUUCAACAAAGUAGUAAACCUGUGCUUCAGUGAAACUGAAAACAGAAUAAUGGUGGGCGGAGCUUACAAUAGCUCUAUUGUAUUGCCUGUGUGUACUUUGUGUAUGUUACAGUUGACUGGCAGACAUGUAGUAAGAGAUGUGACCUGCAAGAACUGCGAAACAAGACUUGGAUGGAUUUAUGAAUACGCCACCGAGGAAUCACAGAGGUACAAGGAAGGUAGAGUUAUACUCGAGCGAGCACUCAUUACUGAGAGUGAUGGAUUUGAUGAAGGGCAAUGAACAAAACCACGCAUGACACUAGUGACACACACAUCACCACUGAAGAGUUUAAUAUCAUCAUGAACAUGACUACACCACAGACCAUCCAUACUUUCUCUUUCAUUUCACGACUCUCCCUUUCAUUUUACAUCAGAGUAUCUGACUAUACAAACCAGAGCUGAAAACAAUUGUGAAAUAAUAGAGCCUAAUUCGAUCCUCUCAU